AUGGCCAAGAAACCAAGAUGCCCUGAGUUUGCCAUUUUUUUCUUGGCGCUGAUGUGCUUGGGAUCUCUAAAUCUUUGCGAAGAGAAUGUUACUGUCACUUGCCAGGCGUCCAACAUCUUGGUAGCAAUUCAAAAAUCAUUAUUUACUGAUGCUGAUGUUGCUUUUGCCGCGAAUAACCUUACUCUCAAUGACAGAAACUGUUCAGCCUCUAAUGGUUCAGUUACUUAUGACUUUAACAUUACUCUUGGGACAUGCCUGACGGCACUUACUAUCUCAAACGAUGAUAAAUUUAUAUUUUACCGCAACGUCGUCUUCGAUAUUAAAGCCGAACCGGACAGUGCAGAAUUCAACAUCAUUUGCACUUAUUCAAAUAUCGGUCAUUGUUACCGUAAUCUUUGCCAAAACGGUGCAACUUGUACUGUAUGGCUGGCUACUAUGGCAAGAACUGUUCUCUAUGUUAUUGUGAUCCUAACCCUUGCCAGAACGGCGGAACCUGUUCACUGGAAGGAGACACCUAUAGCUGUGGCUGUGCCGCUGGCUACAAUGGUAGAAACUGCACGACAAGUAAUUGUGAUUCUAACCCUUGCCAGAACGGCGGAACCUGUUCACUGCAUUACGAUACCUAUAGCUGUGCCUGUCCCGCUGGCUUCAAUGGUACAAACUGCACAAGUAAGGCGAUAUCGAUCAUUGUUAUCCUACAUAGUUGAUCCUUGCUAUAAUACCAAUCCAUGUGAAAACGACGGGCAGUGUUUUGUGGAUGAUAACCACCAGUUCUUCUGUGUCUGUCCAAUUCCUAAAGCCUACGAAGGAAGAAAUUGCAGUAAACCAGUUGACUGUUUCUGGAAUAAAAUGUAUCCUUUCGGAAAAGAACAGAACGACACGGAGAUGGAUGUGAGACUGAUCCGCGACGAGCUGUGUACGGAAAUAGUUUACGACUAUGGUAUCUGGUUCUUUGACGACAAACAUUACGUCCUGUAUAUUUGUGCCAAUGGAAUGAUUCGCUUUGAUGUAGGCUACGCGAGGCACUUCCCAGUUCCAACCUUUGACACCGAAGAAUUCCCGUUCAGAGUCCCAAUGUUGUUCCCCUUCUGGUCAAAAAUUGACCUCUUCGAUUCAUUUUGUUCGAGUGAGCAAGACUGCCUUUCGGGCAACAUAGAUUACGAAAACCGUUCCGCUGUAUUCUACAAAGUUUACAUGGAAGAUAAAGGUGUAAUGAAUGCAUCUCAUAUUCUAUACAAAGCUAGUAAGGACGUCAGAGAAAACUCGGACGACCCGAAGUUCGAUUCCUUCACAGCUUCGUGGGUACUCGUGGUGACAUGGUUGCGCCUUCGUCCGGAAGAGGAAUUAGAGGGAGAUGCCGAAGAAGGGGUUGUUGUCAAUGCGAACGCUUUUCGGUCGUCGGCUUCUCCAGGGAUAACGAGCCUCACCCUGGGGAAAGAAAAUGCAGACAAAGAUGGAGAGUAUUUCUUUAGACUUGAACGCAGAACAGGCGAAGACCCUGAAACAAAAUGCAGGAAGUGGUCUGACUGGCAAGAAACAAAUCUAAAACCCGAGAUAUCGAUCGUUGAUAACUUUAUCCCAGGUUGUCCCUGUACAUUUGACCAAGCGCUUUUAACUACCUCCUAUUUUCUAACUAACUUCACUGCACCAUUCAGCACUUGUUUCAAAAGCAUUUCCGAUCUCCCGUUCAACAAGGUUGUUGACAGCAGUUCCGCAAACGGAUUUAUUUUUCGAAAGUGUUGCUAUUCCACUUUCUUAGAAGACUCUGGUGCGCUUCUUACGGACAGCAAUGAUGCCGGAGGUUUAGAAGUUCUCUACAGAAAUAAGCCGGAAGAUUUAAUGGAUGAUGCAGAAGCAAAACAGGCAUGCUGCGUCGACUCUUUCAGCUGCCAGUUGUACGACGAUCUGCGCCCAACAGACAAUUGUGGAGGUUUCUUUAUUCUGCCGAGACGUUGGUUUUGGGGAGAUCCACACUUUAAAACACUAGACGAUAAAAACUACACGUUUAACGGUGUUGGGGAAUACACAAUGGUUGACGGUAAAGACGGCAAGUUUAAGCUCCAAGCAAGAACUGUACUGGCUCCCGGAAAUCUCAGCAUAGCUACUGUGUUCUCUGCUGGAGCUGCUCAAGAAACUGGAAGCAGCAAAGUCGAAGUUAGAAUCAAAAGUGGAGGUGGAGUGCAAAUGUAUAUCAAUGGUGCACUGUAUUCCGGCCUCGAUAGUCUGACAUCUGUUAGCAAAGACAUCGGAGGAAACCUGAGGGCGGCCAAAAAGAAUCCUGGCUGCGUUGAGGUGACCUUCAAGAGUGGAUCAGGUGUUGAAUUCUGUGAAGCCAAGGGCAUGAUGUCAUUUGUGGUGACCCUGGGUAACGAGUUCCUCAACAACACAAAAGGGCUUCUGGGAACUUACAAUAACAAUCCAGAUGACGACUUUACUCUGCCGAAUGGGAAUGUUUUGGAUCCAAAUAGCAAUUCCUCGACUAUUCAUUAUGAUUUCGGUUUGAACUGGCAAAUAACAGCCAAUGAAUCUUUGUUCACUUACGGCCCUAAUGAAAGCGUUCACACAUUCGCCAAUGCAAACUUCAAACCCAUGUUUGUCGAGGAAAUAAAGUGGGCGGACAAUGCCACUGAGCAGGCAGCAAAGAAAGCUUGUGGAGAUGACGCGGUGUGUCUCUUUGAUGCUGCUUCUACGAAUGAUGUUUCCAUAGGAACCAACAGCAAAGAUGUAAACGUGAAGUUGGUAAAGGAGAACGAAAAACUUGGUAA